AUGGGCACCGGUGAAAUCAAUUAUGGCGAUCUGAUGUUUGGAGAAGAAAAUACAGCGUAUUAUAAAGAAAUGAGUUUCAUCAUAAUUAUUGUUUUAGUUUGUGUAUUUACUAUUUUGAUAACCAAUGUACUUAUAGCUUUGGCUGUUGAUGAUAUUGGUGAAUUAUUGAAGAGGGCAACGGAUACUCGCAUUGAUAAAGUAUAUGAACUUGGAGCUUACUUCGAAAUGUUAAAUUAUCAAGUACGUUGGAUUUUUAAUCGGUGCUGUAAACGUUGUUAUCUGCAUCCUUUGCCUGCGAAACAAGAGGACUUAAUGAAUAAACACAAAGCAUGGAAAAAGAUUAAGAAGCUUUUAUGCGAAUGUUGCAGAAUAGAGGUUGAACAUGAGCAUUGAAU